ACUUGCACAGAUUGCAGUUGCGUCUCAUAUAUGAAGAGACUCUUCACACCACAACCAUCAAAAGAAUUCAUCUGGAAAAACCGCCCUCAAUUCCACGAUUGCUCAAUAAUGCUGCACGCUCACUUGUGAAACUUCAGCGGACACGCAUGAGGAUCAGAGCGAUUUCUGGCUUUGAGUCUGUGAAGGAACUAUGAUGCUUAACUUAUUAUUUCAGAGCGCAUGUAAAAAGUGAAUAAUCCAUCCGCAGUCUACUUCAUCCAGGUCGCCCUUCAUCCAGCAUGCUCACUCUGACAGUAGUAUUUCUUCUCGUGGGCAAAGUCUUGUCUACACAGAAUUCAUGUCCUUCAGGGGCGUUCACCACCAGUGGGGAGUGCUGCAAACAAUGCCAACCCGGGGAAGGGAUGGUGAAGCCCUGCGGAGCGACACAGACAGUGUGUGAACCGUGUCUUGACAGCGAGACAUUUUCAGAGAACUUCAGCCACACGGAGCAGUGCCAGCCGUGUACACCAUGUUCUGAACUCACACGCAUGCUGACGCCCUGCACUGAUGCCAACGACGCGGUGUGUGUCUGCGACUAUGGGUUCUUCUUCAGCAAAGUGACGAGCCGCUGUGAGGCCUGCACGGUGUGCCCUGUGGGCCAGGGUGUGCUGAUGCGCUGUAAUUUUGACCUUGACACGGUGUGCGAGGAGUGCGUGGAUGACACGUAUUCAGAUCAGGAGACCUCUUUUGACCCCUGCAUGCCCUGCGCCGUCUGUGAUCAGCCUGAGAUGGAGUUGAAAAGCUGCACGCCUUUCAGUGACGCUGUCUGCCAAGAUGUAGAUCCUCCUAACAGCUCAACCUUUCCUUCUCCUCUUCCAUAUGCCACACCUUCUCCUCCUCCUUUUUCUUCUCCCUCUUAUUCUUCUUCUCGUGCUCCAUCAGAUGUCUUGUAUACAGCCAAGUCUCCUCCUGACAGUCCUACGGAGAGCGUGACCACGGCUGACCCUGGGCUGAAGAGACUCCAUGGGCUGAGUGACAACCUCAUUCCCAUCUACACCUCUAUACUGGCUGCAGUGCUGUUGGGCCUGGUGGCCUUCAUCAUCUUUAAACGGUGGAACAGUUGUAAGCAGAACAAGCAAGGAGCCAAUAAUAGAGCAUGCAGUGCAAACCCCAGUCAGACCCCUUCUCCUGAGGGAGAGAAACUCCACAGUGACAGCGGCAUCUCAGUGGACAGUCAGAGCUUACAGGAGGGCCAGGGGCCUCCACAUACAGUGGUCAAGAUAGAUGGAGGUUCGGCCCUCUCCUUGCCCUUACACACACGGGAGGAGGUUGAGAAACUGCUAAAUCAUACCUGUGAAGGGGAGGAGUCAGGAGCCAAUGAGGAAACCGAUUGGUGCAGCCUGGCAGGUCUACUUGGAUACAAAGAAGAACACAUUGCUAAUUUCAAGCAGGAAGAAAGGCCCAUCCAAGCCCUUCUGUCUCAUUGGGCUAGCCAGGAUUCAGCUAACAUUGAUACGCUUUGCACAGCACUGAAGAAGAUCAAUAGGGAGGAUAUCGCGCAGAGCAUCACAGUAAAACCAACUGCUACAUCUACCGUAUGAGAAAACAUGAGCUUGCAAACACACACAUUCUCCCAAGCGCUCAAAUACACACCUUACAUUGCCUUCAGCAUACUUCGAUGUUGAUGUAUCACCUGUGAAGUUGAUGUAUCACUAUAUCCUUAACUUUAGGCUGUAAACUCAAGUGUCGUUUCCCUUUACCUUUGAUUAUGACCAAACUGUGUGCAAAGAAUGCACAAUUUAGUAAAUAUUGUUUGCAUGUUCCUUUAAUUUGAGGAAAGCCAUACGGACUCGAACAUGGAUAUUCAUGUCUUUCCUGAAGAAAUUCACCAUA